AUGGAAGUCUCCCAGUUGUUGGCCAUACUAGAGGACCCCAAGGCUUUUGCCGAAAAAGGGGAAGAGCUAAGAGGCGACUUGCUUCUGGCUUUAAAGGCCCAGCAACAUCAGAUCGAAGAGAUAUCUACAGAUUACCAGACGGUUUGUGAUGCAAACAAGGCUUUCAAACUGGCCCUUUCCGAAAUAGGAACCGUCGUUAUAUCUGUUGCCAUGGGUGACUUAUCGAAAAAGGUGGAGAUCCACUCGGUGGAGUCCGAUCCGGAGAUUCUCAAGGUCAAAAUGACAAUCAAUACCAUGAUGGACCAGCUUCAGACGUUUGCCAACGAGGUAACUAAAGUUGCUACAGAGGUGGCUAAUGGUGAACUAGGUGGUCAGGCCAAAAACGAAGGUUCUGUGGGAAUCUGGCGGUCUUUAACUGAUAACGUCAAUAUCAUGGCGCUCAACCUCACGAACCAAGUCCGUGAAAUUGCUGAUGUUACGCGAGCCGUGGCACAGGGUGACUUGUCCCGAAAAAUCAAUGUCCAUGCACAGGGUGAAAUUUUGCAGUUGCAAAUGACAAUAAAUACCAUGGUGGACCAACUUCGAACGUUUGCCUUCGAGGUCUCGAAGGUGGCUAGAGAUGUGGGUGUUUUGGGUAUUUUGGGUGGACAGGCGUUCAUCGAGAACGUUGAAGGAAUUUGGAAAGAAUUAACCGACAACGUAAAUGCCAUGGCGCUCAACUUGACGACCCAGGUGCGGAAUAUUGCCAAUGUUACAACUGCCGUGGCUCAAGGAGACUUGUCGAAGAAGGUUACCGCAGAUUGUAAAGGCGAAAUUUUGGACUUGAAGCUCACCAUUAAUCAGAUGGUGGAUCGUUUGCAGACUUUUGCCUUAGAAGUGACUACCCUAUCACGCGAGGUCGGAACAUACGGAAUUCUUGGUGGUCAGGCCAACGUGAGAGACGUUGAAGGUGCUUGGAAAGCUGUCACAGAAAAUGUCAAUUUGAUGGCUACUAACUUGACCAACCAAGUCCGUUCGAUUGCCACGGUCACCACAGCCGUUGCCCAUGGUGAUUUGUCCCAAAAAAUUGAUGUUCACGCUCAGGGCGAAAUUUUGCAGUUGAAAAAUACCAUUAACAAAAUGGUGGAUUCGUUGCAGCUUUUCGCAUCCGAAGUCUCGAAAGUCGCCCGAGAUGUGGGUAUUAAUGGUAAGUUAGGCAUCCAGGCGCAGGUGAGUGAUGUAGAUGGCUUGUGGAAGGAAAUUACAUCCAAUGUCAACACUAUGGCCGCUAACUUGACCUCUCAAGUGAGAGCAUUCGCACAAAUCACCGCCGCAGCAACUGACGGUGACUUCACUCGGUUUAUCACAGUCGAAGCAUCGGGUGAAAUGGAUGCGUUAAAAACUAAAAUCAACCAGAUGGUGCUCAAUUUGCGUGAGUCUAUUCAAAGAAAUACAGCAGCGAGAGAAGCAGCCGAGUUGGCCAAUAGUGCAAAAUCAGAGUUCUUGGCAAACAUGUCGCAUGAAAUCAGAACUCCAUUGAACGGUAUUAUAGGUAUGACUCAAUUAUCGCUUGAUACUGAACUCACUCAGUACCAGAGGGAAAUGCUUAGUAUUGUCAACAAUUUAGCCAAUUCCCUUCUUACCAUCAUAGAUGAUAUUCUUGAUAUUUCGAAGAUUGAAGCGAACAGAAUGACCGUGGAGCAAAUCGACUUUUCUUUGCGUGGAAAUGUUUUCGGUGCGUUGAAAACUUUAGCUGUCAAGGCAAUUGAGAAAAACUUGGAUCUUACAUACCAGUGUGACUCCUCUUUCCCCGACAAUUUGAUUGGAGAUUCUUUUAGAUUGCGGCAAGUCAUUCUCAAUUUAGCAGGAAAUGCAAUCAAAUUCACUAAGAAAGGAAAAGUCAGCGUGAGUGUUAAAAAAUCCGAUGUCACCCCUGCGGAUUCCGAUAAACUUUUGCUUGAAUUCAAUGUUAGCGACACAGGUAUCGGAAUUGAGAGAGAUAAACUAGGUUUGAUUUUCGAUACUUUCUGUCAAGCGGAUGGAUCCACGACAAGAAAAUUCGGUGGUACCGGUUUGGGAUUGUCUAUCUCCAAGCAGUUAAUCCAAUUGAUGGGAGGCGAGAUAUGGGUGACUUCGGAUUACGGCCAUGGCUCUUGCUUUUCUUUCACUGUUAGUGUGUCUCAAUCCAAAAUCAAAUAUACCAGUGAAAGUGAGCAAUUACUCCCAUUCAGAAAUCAUCAUGUGUUGUUCGUCUCCACUGAACACUCAGAUGCUGGUACCGAACAAAUAAGGCAAGGAAUUUCUGAGUUGGGAUUAAAACCUGUCAUAGUCAGAGACAUCAAUGAAGCUAAUCUCACAGAGCCCAUUAAGUAUGACAUCAUAAUGAUUGAUUCCAUCAAUACAGCUAAGGAAUUGAGGAAACUUUCUGAGGUGAAAUACAUUCCUUUGGUUUUGGUGCAUCACUCAUUACCUGAGUUGAAUAUGAGGGUUUGCAUUGAUUUGGGAAUCUCCUCAUAUGGAAAUACUCCCUGUACUAUUUCAGAUUUGGCUAGUGCGAUAAUUCCUGCUUUAGAGUCUCGAUCCAUCGCACAAAACACUGAUGACUCUGUUUGCUACAAGAUUUUACUUGCAGAAGACAAUUUGGUGAACCAAAAACUCGCAGUCAAAAUCCUUGAGAAACAAGGGCACAAAGUUCAUGUUGUUGAGAACGGAUUAGAAGCAUUUGAAGCGAUUCGUAAAAACAAAUACGAUGUUGUCCUCAUGGAUGUUCAGAUGCCCGUUAUGGGAGGCUUUGAAGCUACAGAGAAGAUCAGACAAUGGGAGAAGAAGUCGAACCCUAUUGAUUCUCUUAGUUUCCGUACACCAAUCAUUGCCUUGACGGCACAUGCUAUGUUGGGAGAUCGUGAAAAAUCACUUGCUAAAGGUAUGGAUGACUACGUUUCAAAGCCUUUGAAGCCAAAGUUAUUGAUGCAGACCAUUGCAAAAUGCAUUCAUAAUAUUAAACAAUUAAAGGAGCUAUCGAAGCAAAAUAAUAAUAAUCGCUCAUCGGAGUUUGCGAAAAACUUGAAGAAAAUCACGAACGACAUGCCUGGAGGUGCAAUUUCUAAUGGUCACGGAAACGAGUUGGCAACUCCAAAGAUUGUCGAGUUGGGAAAACAACCACUCAAAUCACGUAGCUCCGAGGAGGUCAUUCCUACACAAAGAAGGCCUGGAGCACUUUCUGCAUCUACUAGAUCUUUUACCGACAGCUCGCUAGCGAAGAAAGAUUGA